ACUACCGAGGACAGCGGUGGGAGCGCGCAGCGGUCCGGGGGUUUUUAUUUUCCACUUAACGGUUAUGUCUCCAGCCCGAUGCUGCCAGUCUUCCUCUGAGCCCUCGCGCGGGACCAGACGGUUCUCCAGACUCUGCUGCGGAUGAGCUCCGCUUGAAAGCCGGCUUUUUGUUGCAGUCUGCCCCCUCUCCCCCAGUCCCCCUCCCCGUCCCUCGCAGGUCGAGCCGCAGCACAGAAGUAUGGUAGAUAAAGGUCCCCUGCUGACUUCUGCUAUUAUCUUCUACCUCUCUAUUGGGGCAGCAAUAUUUCAGGUCCUGGAGGAGCCCAAUUGGAAACAUGCUGCACAGCAUUACAGAGAGCAGAAGGAUAAGAUACUUGAGGACUAUCCCUGCCUCUCCAAAGAUGAUUUGGACAGAAUAUUAGAGGUGGUUUCAGAUGCUGCAGGCCAAGGGGUCACCAUCACGGGCAGCAAGACGUUCAACAACUGGAACUGGCCCAAUGCCGUCAUCUUUGCCGCCACAGUCAUCACCACCAUCGGUUAUGGAAACAUUGCCCCAAAAACCUCAACCGGCCGAGUGUUUUGCAUCUUCUAUGGGCUGUUCGGAGUGCCGUUGUGUCUUACUUGGAUCAGUGAACUGGGAAAGUUCUUUGGUGGCCGAGCCAAACACCUCGGCCAGUAUUUGACCAAAAAAGGCUUUUCCCUGAGAAAAGCUCAGUUCACCUGCACAGCUAUUUUUCUCCUCUGGGGCGUUCUGGUCCAUUUAGUCCUCCCACCUUUCGUGUUUAUGUCUCAAGAGGGUUGGUCGUACAUCGAAGGCUUGUACUUCUCAUUUGUCACCUUGACCACCAUCGGUUUUGGGGACUUGGUAGCAGGUGUGGAGCCAAAUAAAGAGUAUCCAACUCUGUAUCGUUACUUUGUGGAAGUGUGGAUUUAUCUGGGGCUGGCCUGGCUUUCUUUGUUCUUCAACUGGAAAGUGCGGAUGGUGGUCGAAGCUCACAAGGCAUUAAAGAAACGCCGCAAGCUGCGCAAGCUUUCCCUGGAAGAGCUACAGCACUACAAGAAAGCUCACAAAGCCUCCCCUCGUCUGCCGCCCACUCCCAACGAUGUCAACAUUUUCAGUUUCUUGUCUAAGAAGAAGGAGGGCUACAACGACUUGAUAAAGCAGAUCGGCAGUAAAAAAGAUGUCCGGGUCCACUCGGCCCCUGCCGACGCCAACAAAAAAUCCAAAGACAUCAAUCGCUCCAAGAGCUGUAACGAUGCCACCAUGUUUAACGGUCACACCAUCCUCAGUCUGGACCGGUCGCCACGGCAAAAGAGACGCUACAGCUUCAGUGACCGCGUCACCGUCGCUUUUUCCAAGUCCAAGAGCUACUUGCUGGGUUCAGACAAUGGUUUACUGCUAACGGAGGACCAGGUUGAAGGGGACCCAGAACUGGACCCGAACCAAAUGUUCGAGAACCAACUGGACAAGGACAUGGACCUUGAAAAUGGAGGACCGGGUGACUGUGGAGCAGGCAGUCGGAGGACAUGGGACUCUAAAGACUACCAUCCUCUAACCAUCCAAAAUGCCAACAUUACUUUUAUUGAUGAGGAAAACUUCCUCAGCGGUAACCUGGAGGAGCUGGAGGAAGAGGAGGAUGACGACGACGACUCUAAAGCAAAACUGUCCAUCACGACAUGUGACGAAAACGUUGAAACAAACUCCAAGGAAGAUCAGAGUUCUGAAUGCGAAGGGUCUGUCUUCACGAGUGACGGUUCGGAGCACGGCCGCUCCUACGAGAAACUCGUAGAGGAAUACGCAAAGGAGGAAAACACAGACACUUGAACUAUGUGUGUAUUCUAAUAUAAUCUAUAUCAGAUCUCAAAAGACUUUGAGGGUCUGCAAAAGUAAGAUCAGGGUUCCUGCCAAUCUGAAAAAAAACAGUCGACUCAUUUUAAGAGUUCAGCUUUCUCUAAACCCCGAUCGAAACACGUCCUCAAUCUGGCUGCACAUGGACGGCAGAGCAUGACUUGUAACCGCCAGUAUUUAAUGUCUGCUCUAUUUAUAUCUUACUUUUUUAUAAGGUUUAAAAAAAACUCAAUGCCACUUAUUUUAUUAUGUCCAAACUGUUGUUCAUGAGUGUUUUUUACUCCCAAGUUGAAUUUGUGUGUGGGAAUUAGCUUGAUUUUGCUCAAGUUCCAAUGAUUUCUAUUCACCAUAUUGGUGUUUUUAAUGAUCUUUAUUAAAAUAAAGGGGAUGGUCACUUUUGUUCAAUUGCUGCGUGGGUUUAUGCAUCUCCCAUGUCACAGUUCAAUCAAACCAGGACAUAUCGAGGUCCACUCCAGUGCAAACUGUGGUUUUUUUUAUAACCUGAGCCAAAUAUUUGUCUUUAAAAAAUGAAGAAGUUAGGACCGAUUAUCCUGUAUUUUUGUUUGUUUGUUUUUUAUUAUUUAGUGUUUCAUUUAUUUAGCAAAAUAUUUGUAUUAUUGUGUCUGAGAUGGUUGUGUUGUUGUAAGUGAUAGAGCUGUGACUGCGGCGUAGGCCGCCAGUGAUGCCUUUUCUAAAUCUGAGUCCUUGAGCCAACAGAACAGAGUUAACUCAUGUUGGGUUUUGAAGGAACGGUUCAUCUUUCCUGAUCUCCCGAGUAAACGUAACCCCAUGGUGUUGCUUCCUAUUUUCAGUGCCUGACAUCGACGAAGCUCCGACAGCAACGACACACUCUUCACUUUCAGCCCUUUCAGCAGUUUGGGACUAGAUUGUGUUUGCUGUGUAAAUGUUGGGCCGGAGUCGGUAGCCUCAAACGCAGCUCUGCCCGGGACACGGCCUUGCUGCCCGUGUUUGUCUUUCGGGGGCUCGUAUCGCCCACACCAAUGCCUGAAGUGCCGCUCGCGACGGGGCAAGGUCAACCUUUGGUGGAUCAAUACUCUCUUGACGUGUGCAUUUAGUCAUGAGGCCAAGUCGUGAGCAUCGCUGCCCUGUUGCCUCAGGUGAACAUACAAUUUCAAACAACUUGAAGUGCUUUUUCUUUGCUAAUCCACUGCCUUUUGCACACGUUAACUUGCACAUGUACUGGUGUCUUUGGAAGCUAAGACGGCAUUUAAGCGUCGUCACGAAGCGUCACUAUGAAUUCGGUGAACUCAGUGAAGUUAAACAACACACUCGAAGGUUAGUCACGUCUUGUUUUGGUCUAAUGAACACACAAUGCACAUUAUUGCUUGUAGUUCUGCCUUACAGUUGACUGCUAAGGGAAUCUGCACAGGAUAUGCAGUACAGUGUGUUUAUUCAGUAGACGUAGUUUAAUUAAAAAAGACUUCGACACAAGGGGUGUGUUUUCUCUCUUUUCCUUUGUACUUUGGGGCACCGUUUUUUUUUUUAUAAAAACAAUCCUGGUUUUCAAUGGUUCUGGAUGUUUCACAGCAUUUUUAUGCAGCAACGGUACUCGUGUGGACUAAAUCUUGAGAGUUUCCAGAUUGAUGAAGAGUUUUCCUGUCACGGUCGCGUCAUUGUGUGAAAACUCCAUUUUAGUUGACUGUACAGUUCACCUUGUCUUUUUUUAUGAUUAAAUUAUUCACAUUUGCUUAUGAAUUUCAACAAAACUAUUUCCUGUAAAAUAAACAUUUAAUAAAU